AAAAAAAAUUAGCAUGUGUUGGGUGAUGCAGCCUAAGUCGGAGGGUGGGGUAAAUUUCGUCCCAUCUUCCUCCAACAACUCCCAAACAAGAAGGUUCUCCAAUGCUCUUUUUUUUAAUUAUUUUUUAAUUUCCUCAUUUUCAAUAAUUUCCUUCUAUAAAUUACCGUAUCAAUAUUCUCAACAGCCUCUUCCACUUCCGCUCUCUUCUCUUUCUUUUCUCUUUGAGCUGAGGUUCUGCUGCUUCUUUUAGUUCUUGUUUUCCCCAGUUUUCCUCAGCUUCCUCUGUUCUAAUCACAUCCCUUUUGAGGGUGUUUGCUUUUAUAUCGGGGAUUUUUGGUUGUUGAACUCCAGUCUAGAUUCUAGAGUCUAUACCAAAAAUCCAUUAAGUCAAAACUCUAUCUUCCAGCAAGAAGAGAAAGAAAUAUCUUGGUUUUUUUUUGCUGAUAAAGAAAUAUCUUGGUUUUUUUUUGCUGAUAUUAUUCUUCCAAGAAGUUUUUUUUUUUUUUUUUUUGCUGUAAAUCUUGAUGCUGCGUAAAUUGUUGUGGUUGAUGCUUGAGACUCAUGUCUCCAGUUGUCAGUGAAAUCCUCCGAUCCGGUUUUAUGAUAAAUUCCUCCCUCAGACGCAGGACCCAUCUCGUUCAAUCUUUCUCAGUUGUCUUCCUCUACUGGUUCUAUGUUUUUUCAUAAAUAACCAUUUUGUAAUUGCUUAUUUUUUUUACUAUAUAUAUAAUUAUCUGUAGCCUAGUAUAGGUGUCCAGUCGCCUUUGAGGUUAGAUUAUCCUGAAAUAUUAGUAAUCUAUAUUUGAAGUUUUAGCAGUGAGUUUGGUGUAAAAAUAUUAACAUGGCUUCGUCCAGUGGAAACUCCAAUUCCUCAAGCUCCUCGCAGCUUCAGAACUCUGGGUCUGAAGAGGACCUGCACCAGCAGAAUAUGAUGGACCAAAGAAAAAGAAAGAGAAAGGAAUCUAACAGGGAAUCGGCAAGAAGAUCCAGGAUGAGGAAACAGCAGCACUUGGAUGAAUUAGUGGCCCAAGUGGCUCAGCUCAGCAAAGAAAACAACCAAAUCCUGAACAGCAUCAACUUCACCACCCACCACUAUCUCAACAUUCAGGCUGAGAACUCGGUUCUGAGGGCUCAGAUGAUGGAACUGAGUCAAAGACUCGACUAUCUGAAUCAAAUCCUCAGUUAUCUCAACACCAUGAGCGCCAGUGAGUUGGUGUACGAAACUGAUCAGUGCUUUGAAACAAGUACUUGUGACCACGGUUUCACCAAGCCUUUCAAUCUACCUUACCUUAACCAACCCAUCAUGGCCUCUCCAGACAUGUUCCAGUACUACUGAUCCAUAAUAAUCCUCACCACCAUCAUCCCUCAUUUUACUUAUAAAACGAGGGUAUUAAUAUAAUAUUAUUGUUAUGGUUAAUUAAUUUAAUGAAAUAUUAGUGUUAUUGGCAGCUAUAGGUCUAGGAAGAUGAUGUAAGGGAUGAUGAUUGUGAGAGAAUUGGCAAGUAGCAAGUGAAAGCUGCUUGGCAUGGGAUGCAAUUUUUUAUUAUCAAUUUUCUUCUUGUAAAUGGGGAUUUGAGAUAUAAAAUAGGGUUUGAUGUUUGACGAGUUUUCUGGAUGUAUGUAGUAUGGUCUCCUACGUUUUUAUAUAAAAAUUUCCUUCACCUGUUAGGACUCUUUUCCUUCCUUCCAAAUGUUAUAA